AUGAACUACACAUCGUGUUCUAACUCGUCAUUCAACACUUCUCAUCCUAAUCGGGUAUUGAACACUGGAUUUUGUUUAUAUGAUCCCGUUUGUUUGUCUACUUGUCACUUAACCGGUAGCCAUUCAGACUUGCCAUCCACCAUGAAACGCGACAGUUCAGGAAACAACCAAGAUGGUCCUCCAAACAAAUUCCAGCGUUCGUCCGUUGAUCUGACGAAUGUCUCGAUUAGAUUUCUCAUUCCUGGACGAGCUGCAGGGAUUAUGAUUGGGAAGGGUGGGGAAAAUAUCAAGAAAAUCCGGUCACAGUAUAACGUCAAGCUGAAUAUUCCCGACAGCAGAGGCCCAGAACGGAUAAUGACCAUCGAAGGUGAUCUGCAGGCUAUCUGCAGUAUCAUGCGAGACGUCUGCCCGAAACUGAAGGACAUAAUGAAUGCAAAGCUUUCCGACCCGAAGCGCAUUAUGGGUACUCAGGCACUUCGUCGACGUGGAAGGCGCAGCGAGGAUCCUGAGCGGGAUGAAGAGGAGGACGAAAACAUGAUUGACUUCAGAAUCUUAGUACACGAGAGUCAAGCGGGCUCUGUGAUCGGGCGUGGAGGAGAACGUAUCAAAGACCUCCGUGAUAAAUUCAAAAUGCGCGUUAUCAAGGUCUACCAGAUGUUGGCUCCCUUAUCAACUGAUCGGGUAGUACAGAUGGUUGCUGACCCAGAUAAUGUCGUUCAGUGCCUGAAGGCUGUGAUAGAGGCAGUUGAGUCUGCCCCUCCUCGUGGUCGCCGGGAAGAUUACGAUGCUGCCAAUUUCAGCGAAAGUGAUGCUCUCAACUACGGUGGCUGGCUGUCCCGAGAAGCUGCUGCAGCGCUAGCUCAAGGGAUGCCACUUCGCGGUCCAGGAGGAAUGCCUCCGAUGGGCUACAACAUGGGAGGCCCAUACAUGAUGGGUGGUGGUGACAUGGGUCCUAUGGGUGGUGGAAUGGGCCCUAUGGGAGGAGGAAUGGGACCAGGUGGUGGCAUGAGUCCAAUGGGUGGUGGACCAGUUCAUGGAGGUCGGGGUCGAGGCCCUCGUUCAGGUGGCGGAAUGAUGGGCGGUAAUGCACCCCCUCCACAAAGCCAGCGAGGCAUGAUGGGUUCUUCAGGUCCAGCCCCAGUACCUCCUCCAGUCGGUCGUGGCGGCGCUAUGGGUCCACCAGGUGGAUACGGUGGUGCUGCAGAUGGGGGCUAUGGUGGUCCAGGUGGGUACGACGGACCCGGUGGAUUUGAUAAUGGAGGUUAUGGUGGUAUCGAUCAGGGAGCUCCAGGUGGAUUCGGUGGUCCAGGUUAUGGUGCGUCAGGAAACAUGUCCUCUGGUGGCUAUGGUGGCGCGGGAUACGGUGGAGGUGCGCGCGGAGCUAGCGACAUACCGGGUGGUCAGAGUGCUCCUUCUCGUGGUGGUACCUAUGGAGGGUAUGGCGGUAUGGGCUCUGGAGAGCAUGUUGGGGGCAAAGCCAAUCAGUGGUAUGGUGGAUGGUCCUGA